GCAAAUUUUUUUGAUGGGUUUGAGCCCAUUUUGGGAAUAGGCCCAUUUAUAAUAUAAAUAUUAUUUAUCAAAAAAAAAAAAACAUAGAAAUGUUGAAUUUUCCUGAAUACGAUCAUAUUUCUUUUCGAUUUUCGAACAUGGUCUUUUAUUCUAAUUCCGAAAUUCUGAUUUUUUUCCCAAUUUCUGAAGGCUUCUGAUUUCUCUCGGGUGUGCGCAGAUUACAUUUGCAGUUUCAGCUCUGCAGUUUAACAUAACGGGAUGGCUUUUUCUUGACGCCCUUUACAUGUUCGACGAUUUGCCUCAACCAAAUAAAUUAUACUUAUAUUUCUGUGUACCCGCUGCCUGCUCUUCAAUUCUACGUUCAACUUUGUAAUGCAUUGAGGAUUCUCUCAGGCAUUCCAUUACCGUAAUGUUACGACGCCUUUCGCUUUCGGAUGUUCUAUCCAGAACUCGAAGAUUCUCAAGAAAUGUGUCUUCGCCACCAUUCACACAGUACCGUCCACCGCUAACUCAUGCUGUUGACUGUUUCAACAAGUGCAGCAAAAUGCACGAUUGCCUAUUUCUUACAUCGAAUCCAGCUUUACUUGUCGACCCCUGUUUUCGACGUGGUAGCAUUUCGAGUCCAGCUUCAUCACUUUCAGGCCGUAGAUUUUGCACUUCAGAAGCUUUCGUAUCGGAGGAAACAUCCGAUAGUGAUUAUACGGAUAAGGUCUACAAAACAGUGAUGGAUUACUCCAAUCCCGAAUACAAAAUGGAGGAGGCUCUUGAUAAGCUAGCCUUUAAAUUGACAACACCUAUCGUUGUAGAAAUUUUAGAAAGGCUCCGUUUCGAGGAAAAAAUAGCUUUCAGGUUCUUCAAUUGGGCGGGCCACCACGAACAUUACAGUCACGAGCCUGAUUCGUACAACAAGAUGAUCGACAUUCUUUCUAGUACCAAGUACAAGGUGAAGCAGUUCCGUAUAAUAUGCGAUCUUCUUGAUUACAUGAAAAGGAGCAAAAAAACUUCAGUCCCGAUCGAAGUACUGCUGACCAUUUUGAGAAAGUACACAGAGAAGCACUUGACGCAUCUCCAAAAGUUUGCGAAGAAGAAGAAGAUUAGGGUCAAGACACAACCCGAGAUAAACGCGUUUAACCUACUAAUGGAUGCUAUGUGCAAGUGCUGUCUUGUUAAGGAUGCUGAAGACAUGUUCAAGAGGGUGAAAACAAAGGUGAAGCCAAAUGCCGACACGUAUAACAUAUUGUUUUUCGGAUGGUGUAGAGUGAGAAACCCUAGUAGGGCUAUGAGCGUGCUCGAAGAUAUGAUCAACAUGGGCCAUACACCCGAAAGUUUUACAUACAACACUGCCAUUGAUACAUUUUGCAGAGCUGGAAUGUUGAGUGAUGCUGCUAAGCUUUUGGAGUUCAUGAAAAAAAACGGCACGACUAUGUCUUCUCCCACUGCAAAGACUUACGCUAUUAUGAUGACUGCACUUGUUCAAAACGAUAGGCUCGAAGAAUGCUUUGGAAUCUUGAAAGAUAUGAUUGAUAGUGGAUGCCUUCCGGAUGUUUCUACGUACAAAGAACUAAUUGAAGGAAUGUGUUUGAGCGGAAAAAUCGAGGCGGCUUAUAAGUUCUUGGAAGAGAUGGGAAGAACAGGGUACCCACCGGAUAUCGUGACUUACAAUUGCUUUCUCAAGGUUCUUUGUGAUAACAAGAAUAGAGACGAAGCGCUUGCGCUUUUCAAGAAAAUGGUGGAGGUGAACUGUGUGCCGAGUGUGCAAACGUAUAAUAUCUUGAUUGUGAUGUUUUUCGCGAUUGGUGAUAGUGAAGGUGCGUUCGAGACUUGGAGUGAGAUGGAGAGAAGGGGUUGUGCUCGCGAUACUGAGACGUAUUGUGUGAUGAUUGAGGGGCUGUUUGGAUGCGGUGAUAGUAGGAAAGAUGCUGUUUUGCUUUUGGAGGAAGUUAUAAACAGAGGGAUGAAGCUGCCGUAUAAGAAAUUUGAUACCUUUUUGAUGAGGCUAUCUGAAAUCGGCGAUUUACGAGCUAUUCAGAGACUAUCGGAGCAUAUGAGGAAGUUGUACAAUCCUGCUAUGGCUCGUCGGUAUGCUUUGAGUCAGAAGCGUAAAAGUAUGAGCUUGAGAGAUAAGUGAGUUGGUUAGUUUAACUGCUUUCUUGAUGUGGGAUAUGUGUGUGCAAUAACCUAGGAAAUCAAACAUUUAUGUACACUAUUAUUACUAAACAUUUAUUUUUGCCAGUUGAAUUUAACUUUUGAUUUAUGGUA